AAGGAAUGAACGAAUGAUUACAUUUUAAAUGGGAUUGGGGGAAAAUGAUUCAAGGCAGAGGGGUGAGCUGAGCUCCUUGGAAUGGUGUUUUUACCGAACCAAGCCUGGGUCAGGCAGAUGUAAUGAGCCCACCUAUUAGAAGAAUCUCCAUAGAAAGUAGGUCAGUUCUUUCCUAUCUCUUUAAGAACGAGAGGCAGCGGCUCCGCGCCUGCGCACUGAGAGAGUAAACGCCUCUCUUUUUCACCUUCCCCCGUUCUCCCUAUUGCCCCAACCGGCCGCAGCCUCCUCCCAUACUCCCCUCCUUCGGGGCGGGUAAUGGUCCGUCCCAGGGUGCCAGGCUUGUUUCGGAGGGUGGCAAGCAGAAAUGGUACAUUCCACUGCCUUCAUUACCUUCUGCUUUUCGCGUCUCCUGUUCUAUUUCCCCCUACCUAAAGAAGCUUAAUAGGCUAGCCCCAAAGAAGGCGGGGGAGCCGGGCGGAGGGGACCGGUCUGAGCCGGUCUGCAGCGCAAGCGCAGUGCGGAUAAACAGGAAGCGGGCGGUGGAGGCAGCAGUAGAGGGAGAGCUCGGGGCUUCGAGGGGAAACGGCGGAAGACCUAAGAUUAUCGGGAGGGCAGCAGAGGCAGAGAACGAGGACAGGACCCUUGGCCGUCUUCUUCCAGGGAACGAGAGGUCACAGCCUCGCUCUCCGCUUAGGCUUCUGGCGCCCCAGCUUAAAGCUGAGGCUGCUGCUGACAAAGGGCUCGCGCCGGUGCCGCCGCCCUUCUCAUCCGGGCAUUCGGGUCCCUGCGGAGAGGGAGGGGGAAGGGCAGAGGGGGAGGGGAAGGAACCGGAGGGGCGCACACUUGGAGCUGAAGCCCUCUCCAGGGCUCCGGGCCGGUGGCCCAACGGACGGAGGUCGAGGAGGACCCGCAGAGGUGGCGGCGGCCGGGGGCAGGAGGAUGGUGCAGAAGGAGAGUCAAGCGACGUUGGAGGAGCGGGAGAGCGAGCUCAGCUCCAACCCUGCGGCCUCUGCGGGGGCAUCGCUGGAGCCGCCGGCAGCUCCGGCACCCGGAGAAGACAACCCCGCCGGGGCUGGGGGAGCGGCGGUGGCCGGGGCUGCAGCAGGGGCUCGGCGGUUCCUGUGCGGUGUGGUGGAAGGAUUUUAUGGAAGACCUUGGGUUAUGGAACAGAGAAAAGAACUCUUUAGAAGGCUCCAGAAAUGGGAAUUAAAUACAUACUUGUAUGCCCCAAAAGAUGACUACAAACAUAGGAUGUUUUGGCGAGAGAUGUAUUCAGUGGAGGAAGCUGAGCAACUUAUGACUCUCAUCUCUGCUGCACGAGAAUAUGAGAUAGAGUUCAUCUAUGCGAUCUCACCUGGAUUGGAUAUCACUUUUUCUAACCCCAAGGAAGUAUCCACAUUGAAACGUAAAUUGGACCAGGUUUCUCAGUUUGGGUGCAGAUCAUUUGCUUUGCUUUUUGAUGAUAUAGACCAUAAUAUGUGUGCAGCAGACAAAGAGGUAUUCAGUUCUUUUGCUCAUGCCCAGGUAUCCAUCACAAAUGAAAUCUAUCAGUACCUAGGAGAGCCAGAAACUUUCCUCUUCUGUCCCACAGAAUAUUGUGGCACUUUCUGUUAUCCAAAUGUGUCUCAGUCUCCAUAUUUAAGGACUGUGGGUGAAAAGCUUCUACCUGGAAUUGAAGUGCUUUGGACAGGUCCCAAAGUUGUUUCUAAAGAAAUUCCAGUAGAGUCCAUUGAAGAGGUUUCUAAGAUUAUUAAGAGAGCUCCAGUAAUCUGGGAUAACAUUCAUGCUAAUGAUUAUGAUCAGAAGAGACUGUUUCUGGGCCCGUACAAAGGAAGAUCCACAGAACUCAUCCCACGGUUAAAAGGAGUCCUCACUAAUCCAAAUUGUGAAUUUGAAGCCAACUACGUUGCCAUCCACACCCUUGCCACCUGGUACAAAUCAAACAUGAAUGGAGUGAGAAAAGAUGUAGUGAUGACUGACAGUGAAGAUAGUACUGUAUCCAUCCAGAUAAAAUUAGAAAAUGAAGGCAGUGAUGAAGAUAUUGAAACUGAUGUACUCUAUAGUCCACAGAUGGCUCUAAAGCUAGCAUUAACAGAAUGGUUGCAAGAGUUUGGUGUGCCUCAUCAAUACAGCAGUAGGCAAGUUGCACACAGUGGAGCUAAAGCAAGUGUAGUUGAUGGGACUCCUUUAGUUGCAGCACCCUCUUUAAAUGCCACAACCGUAGUAACAACAGUUUAUCAGGAGCCCAUUAUGAGCCAGGGAGCAGCCUUGAGUGGUGAGCCUACUACUCUGACCAAGGAAGAAGAAAAGAAACAGCCUGAUGAAGAACCCAUGGACAUGGUAGUGGAAAAACAAGAAGAAACGGACCACAAGAAUGACAAUCAAAUACUGAGUGAAAUUGUUGAAGCGAAAAUGGCAGAGGAAUUGAAACCAAUGGACACUGAUAAAGAGAGCAUAGCUGAAUCAAAAUCCCCAGAGAUGUCCAUGCAAGAAGAUUGUAUUAGUGACAUUGCCCCCAUGCAAACUGAUGAACAGACAAACAAGGAGCAGUUUGUGCCAGGUCCAAAUGAAAAGCCUUUGUACACUGCGGAACCAGUGACCCUGGAGGAUUUGCAGUUACUUGCUGAUCUGUUCUACCUUCCUUAUGAGCAUGGACCCAAAGGAGCACAGAUGUUACGGGAAUUUCAAUGGCUUCGAGCAAAUAGUAGUGUUGUCAGUGUCAAUUGCAAAGGAAAAGACUCUGAAAAAAUUGAAGAAUGGCGGUCACGAGCAGCCAAGUUUGAAGAGAUGUGUGGACUAGUGAUGGGAAUGUUCACUCGGCUCUCCAAUUGUGCCAACAGGACAAUUCUUUAUGACAUGUACUCCUAUGUUUGGGAUAUCAAGAGUAUAAUGUCUAUGGUGAAGUCUUUUGUACAGUGGUUAGGGUGUCGUAGUCAUUCUUCAGCACAAUUCUUAAUUGGAGACCAAGAACCCUGGGCCUUUAGAGGUGGUCUAGCAGGAGAGUUCCAGCGUUUGCUGCCAAUUGAUGGGGCAAAUGAUCUCUUUUUUCAGCCACCUCCACUGACUCCUACCUCCAAAGUUUAUACUAUCAGACCUUAUUUUCCUAAAGAUGAGGCAUCCGUGUACAAGAUUUGCAGAGAAAUGUAUGACGAUGGAGUGGGUUUACCCUUUCAAAGUCAGCCUGAUCUUAUUGGAGACAAGUUAGUAGGAGGGCUGCUUUCCCUCAGCCUGGAUUACUGCUUUGUCCUAGAAGAUGAAGAUGGCAUAUGUGGUUAUGCCUUGGGCACUGUAGAUGUGACCCCCUUUAUUAAAAAAUGUAAAAUUUCCUGGAUACCCUUCAUGCAGGAGAAGUAUACCAAGCCAAAUGGUGACAAGGAACUCUCUGAGGCUGAGAAAAUAAUGUUGAGUUUCCAUGAAGAACAGGAAGUACUGCCAGAAACUUUCCUUGCUAAUUUCCCUUCUCUGAUAAAGAUGGACAUUCACAAAAAAGUAACUGACCCAAGUGUGGCCAAAAGCAUGAUGGCUUGCCUCCUGUCUUCACUGAAGGCUAAUGGCUCCCGGGGAGCUUUCUGUGAAGUGAGACCAGAUGAUAAAAGAAUUCUGGAAUUUUACAGCAAGUUAGGAUGUUUUGAAAUUGCCAAAAUGGAAGGAUUUCCAAAGGAUGUGGUUAUACUUGGUCGGAGCCUGUGACAUUUGUUGACACUGUGAACUGUCCAAAAGUCUCUUAACUGCACCUUGUGAGUGGUAGUUGAGGUCUUCAUACAGUUCAGCCUCUAGAGUGGUAACAAAUCAGCCAAUUGGAUUCGAAACAAAGAAGACUAUGUAAAACUCACCCAUCACACUUUCAGACUACUCACUGGUUGGAAGAAUAUAGUAUUGCAGCAAAUCCUGUAUGAAAGAGAGAUGUGGGCUUCCUUUUUGAGUCGUGUUAGGUGCUGAGACCUUUUACAUGGGCUUAUACAGGGAGAGAGUCUUCAAUAAAUGUAGUCAGCACUAUUUCCUGCAUCCAGUGUGGUUGUGUUUCUCACCUGAGAGUAAUCAAAAUAACAUCUGUCAUCUUCCUUGGUUUAUUGAGUGAAAUGUCUCUCAGUCUUUGGGGACAUGGCAGAGAUGAAAGAAAGAAAGAGUGGGUUUCAGAAGUGUCAGGGUGGAGUGAUUCCAAGUGGGAUGGUUGUGGCAUUAGUUUAAGCUGAAAAAAUAAUUUCAAUUUGGGGCAGUUAUUCUGCUUUUUGUAAAGCCGUGGCCAAUUGUCUCCUGUAAUGACUGUUGGUUCAGGCAUGUUGUACUUUGUAGGGACAAAUGUGCAUUUGUUUGUGGCAAAAGCCUACAAUUGACAAACUUGUAAAUUUUUUUGUAUAUAAACUAGCUGUAACCUGACUAUCCUUUGUGUUUACUGUUUUUGUAAAUUUUUUUUCUCUAUAAAUGAAAGGGUGUUGGUUCAGAAUGGCACUUUGAAUAAUGUAAACCAGUGAAAAGUGGAUUUUCUUUACUUUUGUCUUUGGGUUUGGGGUUGUUUUUGGUUUUUUUUGAAGUUUUAUUAUUUUUAAAGUGCCUCCCACCUAGGCGUAGGCCAUGACCAUUUGGGGUACGAGAGCCUAAUUUUGUAGGACUUAAUCUGUUGAAAAGUGCAGUUACUUCUGGAAAUUAACCUCAAUAUUAGGUCAGCAUGUGAAAUGUUGGAUUUGACAUGUCAGGUAGGGUUCAGGGACCGAUGGGUCCCAUUUGCCCUCAGGUCAGUUGUUUUAAUCUCAAGACCUGUUACUACUGAUUUUAUUAAAUCAGUCUUUAAUUCUUGCAUGUUUGUAUCUAAUUUCUGAAAGAAUGAGCACACUUUAACCAGUUAUUUACAGUUACCUUUUUCCUUUAACCAGAUUGUGAAAGCUUCAUGUAUUUUAAUUUAGAUUCUGGUUUUUAAGGGUUCUGAGCAUGAAGCUGGCAGAUAGUCUGCAGGACUCAUUUUUUCAUCAUGGCUGGCUGAUUUCUCCAUAGAUUCAUAACAGUAUUUUGUUAUCUUGCUUCUCUGUAGUUUUGCAUCAGCUGUUUUAACUUUGAGCUGAGGGGAGAGGGGUAAAGAGAAAGAAACUUCAGUUUUCUUUCACAGAACUCCACCAGUGUGGGCUUUGAGACAGCCCUAAAGCAUUGUACCUAGUGGUACCUAGUGACUUCCAACCAAAGCCUUUGAGUAUGCACUAAAUAGGUGAGAAGAAAGGAGAGAAGGUUUUUAGGUUAGAAACCUUUAACCGAUAAAAGGAUAUGGUAUGUUGUAAAGCUGGAACCAAGUUUGCAUUUUUGAGGGCUUGAGAUGAAGGGAAGACUCUUACUAGAUAGUAAGACAGCUGCGUUUUCCUCAGUUUUCUCGUCUUAACACUAGUGGACAAUUCUAGCAUUUUGUUUGGAGGAUUUCAGAGUUAACCUCAUGGAAUCAGAAUUUUUUAGCAAGUUUACUUUUGGUUUUAUCUUGGCUUUUAGUAAUCAUGUUGGCUGGUCUGGUCACAGGUGACUGUGAAACAGAUGCCCUGGUCUUGCUUUCAUCACUCUAGGAUCAUGAAGUGCUAUGCUGUUUCCUGGUUAUGAAUAUUAAGGUUGGAAUGACAUUUUUAUUGAUUGUUUAGAUCAGAGCUCAGUUCCUGUAGAAAACGAACUGUAAAAGACCAUGCAAGAGGCAAAAUAAAACUUGAAGUGAAUGCU